ACCCUCAUUGAAAUUUCUCCUCAACUUCGUACAGGGGAAUCGAAAUCGAAAUAGGCUUGUACGUUAUUAUUGUGUCGAAAUAUGUUUUCGCUUAUGUUUGCGUUGCUAGUGGCAGGUCUUGGCAUGUAGUAUAUAUUGUUAUGGAAGUUGUGGAACUAACGUAUAUACAGGUUAAGUGGUAGAAAAUUUUGGAGAGCUAAGAGAAAAGAGAGAUGGCAAAGCUAUUUUUGAACCAGGCAAAAGAAUAUGCAGUUGCAAGGCCAAGUUAUCCUCAAAAACUCUUCCAAUUCAUUUCUUCAAAGUCACCCUCUCACCAACUCGCUUGGGACGUUGGCACUGGAAGCGGCCAAGCUGCCAAAUCUUUAUCCAUGAUAUACAAGAAUGUGAUCGCCACGGAUACUAGCGAGACACAGCUUGAAUUUGCAGCCAAGUUUCCUAAUGUGAGAUACCAACAUACCCCUUCAACCAUGUCCAUGGCUGAGCUUGAACAAGUGGUGGCACCUCAAGGAACCAUAGACCUUGUAACCAUUGCCCAAGCCUUGCAUUGGUUUGAUCUUGCAACCUUCUAUGAACAAGUCAAGUGGGUUCUGAAGAAACCUCAUGGAGUUAUUGCUGCUUGGUGUUACAAUUUGCCAAGGGUUAGUGAUGCAGUAGACACUGUCCUCGAUCAAUUUUAUUUAUCUGAUGUAGGCCCUUAUUGGGAGGCAGCACGUAAAUUGGUUGAUAACAAUUAUAGAAGCAUUGAUUUUCCAUUUGAGGCUGUGGAUGGCGUUGAUCACACAGGACCUUUCGAGUUUGUGACUGAGGUUAUGAUGGAUUUAGAUGAUUUCUUGACGUACGUACAAUCAUGGUCAGCAUAUCAGACAGCAAAGGAGAAAGGAGUAGAGCUUCUUGGGGAGGAUGUAGUUCAAAAAUUUAAGCUUGCUUGGGGUGAAGAUGGCCAAAAGGUUGCCAAGUUUCCAAUUUAUCUGAGAAUUGGAAGAGUAGGGGAUGCUUAAAAGUAUGCAAAUGGUUACCUUACCUCUACUUCGUGGGAAGUGGGACAAGUAACAUCUUUUAUGAUCCAUUGAUUAAAUAAUUUAGCUUCAUUGAUAUUAAGUGAAUUGUGGUAUCUAUUAAGGAAGUAAUAAAUAUGAAGUCCAUGGGGACAACUGUCCCAAUGUAUCUUGAAUAGAAGAGUUGAGAUCCUAUGCUUUUUUUGCUUUCGGUUUUAAUUGAAUGAUUUAUAUCCCAACUUUGAAAUAUUGUAUCACUCUGGCCAGCAUCCUGCAGUCCGUCAGCAAUUAGAAAGCAAAGGGGGAUCGACUUUUGUAACACAGCCAUGAGCCCAUGACUCACCAACCCCUAAAAAAUAUAUAAAUGUUGGUCUUAGUUGAGGGAGAAUUUAUCAUUGUUAUUUUUAUUUAAUUAAAUUUUAUAAAAUUUAUCACUAUUCUG